AUGCUGCUGCUGUUCUCUGAGGCACAGCCCGCGAACUCUAUUGAGGUGAAGGAAGCAGAAGUCGAGAUUUGCUACAACAAGCGAAUCAACAACGAGACGGUUUCUCCCUUCUGCGGUAAGAAGUGGGCGGUCAUCAACGCAGCGAAUGUCCGCGAGUUCUGGGAGGUGCACGAGCUGGAGUUCUACUGGGAUAGCCAAUGCACUCUGCCCUUCCCCGUUGGCCUUCCGAUAGCUUCGGAAGUCAUGUCAUCCUUCCCUGGCAACACUGAAGACAUGGCCUGGGAUGGUGAUCUCUUGACCAAGUGGUCAGCCAACUGCAGGGUUCUGCUGGGUGGAUGCAGUCCAUACACCCAGUGGGUUGGUAAGAACAUAGGAGACUCCAUUCCUUUGAACAAGGAACCCGUGGAAAUCUUCGCGCAAGUCCGCUGUACCCGGAUCUACCAGUCCCCCAACGCCACUCGCCAAUCAUCCCAGAUUGCGAUCAUCACCUGGCACGACGAGAAGCAGGACAGCUGGGAAGUGAUCUAUGACUAUGGUGACCUGGCAGGAGGUGCCUGGCACACUCGCCCAGCUCGCGAGGAGUCCUUAUGGCGUAUUUGGAACAUGGAUCCAAUGCCAAGGCCCUGGCAGGUCGCGGAGGUGAUGUUCUUCACGGACCUUUUCUGCGAGGAGGACAAACAAGCCUUCGGAACUUGGAUUGCAAACUGCGACGAGUGGACAGGGUGUGCUUCAAUGGAAGCCUGGGUUGGGCUUGACUUUGAUGUCCUUCCGAAGCAGGUCAGAUGCAUACGGAUCAACCAGCCAGUGCACGAGGGCUUCUACGAGGGAUGGGGCUAUCCGCAUUUCACGUCAAGAAUCCUUUUGCAAAGCUGGGAUGGCUUCAAGUGGGAGGACCGCACUCUCUUUGGUGGCUUGGAUCAGGGAGGAUGGAACAACACAAUGCCGAAGGAGCACACCUCUUGGCGCGUUGCGAACUUUGACCGGAUCCGCCUGUCCUGGAGGGUAUAUGAACUGGAGUUCUAUGCCGACAGCGACUGCUUAGGGAGCAAAAUGAUGGGUGAAAGCGUGGACUCGAAUCCAGCCCUUCUGUCAGAUGAGCAGCAAGCGGCUUGCUGGACUGAUCUCGGGAGUUGCGGUGAUAAUGCAUUCGAUCAGCAGACUACGACCGGAUGGCAGUCUUCAUGCUCUCCAUGUGACCAGCGGCAGGCAUGGCUUGGGCUACGAUUCCCUGAUGCGCGCACCGUUGCGUGCUUCCGUUUGAUACAAAGCGAAGACGUACAGCACCGCACCGAUGCAAUUGAGCUGGCAGAGUGGAUGGGCGAUGCCUGGGAGACACGGCGCUUCGAGUCUGGAGUUGGCGGCGGAACAUGGAACAGGCGUCCAAGCGGCGUCUCAACCAUGUGGCGCCUUCUCAGCAUCGUGGAUACUCCUCGCCCUUGGACCAUCACUGGCCUAGCGUUCUACGUAGACGAUGUCUGCAAUGUCCCACAUGAUGGAGACCCCAUCACGAAUGGCAACGAGAGGCUUUUCCGGGCCGAGCACGCGUUUGAUACAUCAGACGUGACCCAGUGGGUCACCAGCUGCACACCCGCCUUCACCGGGCAUCAGGGUUGCAUGGCUAACUCGGCCUGGCUGGGUUUACAGAAGCAAGGAGCCUUCAGCGUCUCCUGCAUCCGCUUGUACCAGGCAAGGGAAAGAGAUCACCAGGCGGCCUCUGCAGUUUUGCAGGUCUGGGAUGGCCUGGUGUGGACUGCUUCACAGGACCACCCCAUCCUCACUGAGCUGGGUGGUGGGGCCUGGCAGGUCCUCCCAGGAAUCCGUGGCUCCAUGUGGCGCUUCUUGGCCGACCCAUCGCCAGGAGGCCAUGGGGUCGGUGUCUCCGAGAUCCACCUCUACAGGAACACAGAUUGCACGGAUCAGAUCCAUAUGGCUAUCCCCAACAUUGUCCCAAUUUGCUCGGGUUAUGCAACUUCAAGAGAAGUUGGCGCGAAGACCGGGUACACCAAUCAUUAUUCCAGUAUGGGUGAGCUGACAAGCGCAGAUCCCUUGAAGGCUUUUGAUGGUGAGCUGCAUACCUUCUGGGCCGACAUUGGUGGUGCCCGUGCUUGGUUGGGCUUGGACUUUUCCACGCAGGUGUCGGAUGUCCAGUGUGUCAGGCUGGCAUUCCCUGGGAUUCGAGCUUUGCAGCCCUCUUACGGAGAGCUGCAGGGGUGGAGCGGCAGUACCUGGAGAUCAGCAACCUCGGGUUCCACAUCUGUGUUCAGCAUGGACUACACACUCCUCCUGCCCUUGCCGGCAUUGGGUGGGCAAGGGUUCCAGAGGAGACCGGCGCCUGUGAACUCCCUGUGGAGACUGCAAAACAUUGCUUCCAUUCAAACGUGGGUGGUCUUCGAGCUGGAGCUCUAUGUAGACCUUGCCUGCCGAGGAACUCCCAUCAUGGGGGUGCCCAUCUCCUCAGCUGAGGAUGCAUUGCUUUCAGAUGAUUUCAGUGGCCAUAGGAAUCCCCACAAGGCCUUCGACAGAGACAAUACUUCAUAUUGGCAAGCACACUGCAUCAAUGACGUGUGCACAGCGGGGCAGGCAUGGAUUGGUUUGGAUUUAGAGGGCAUGCCGAAGAGCGUCCAGUGUCUUCGCAUCAUGCAGAGUGGACUACGAGAUGAACAAGUCUCCAGUGUGGUGUUGGCGUCGUGGAAUGGCGACAGCUUCCAGCAAUGGGCAACGUACCAUGGAUUAGGUGGUGACACAUGGAACACCCGUCCAGCACCACCAGACACCAUGUGGCGGAUUGCCUACAACCAGCGUGCCCCAGAAGCCUGCCCUUAUGCAGAGGAGAGAGGCUGGCCCAGGUCCUGGGGAGUGAGUGAGGUGGAAUUUUUCAUGGACGACAACUGCCAGGUGCAGCUUCCCGGGCCCAAAGAAGGCGUCGACGUGGUGGCCUCGGGUACGAGGGAGGCGGGCAUCGCUCCUUUGUCGGGCACCGGCCCGCACUUGGCCUUCGACGGCUUGGUCACAACAACUUGGACGGCACAGUGUGGCGCUGGAUCUCGCGCUAACGAGCCAGCGGACUGCAGGGCCGGUGUUGAGUGGGUCGGCUUAGAUUUCAACCGAAAGUUUGACGGCCUGCCGGUGAUGGUCCGUUGCCUCCGGCUAAUCCAAUCCCGGAGUUCUGCCUCCGACUGUUGUGAUCCAGCCGAGAUGGUCACGCUCGACCGUUGGAAUGGUACUGACUGGGCCAGGGCGAACUGGCGCCACGUGUCGGACAUCGGGGAAAUCUUCCAAGUUGAAGCAACCUUCUCCAACCUUGCUCCGUGCCCUUUGCUGUCCCCAGAUCAGAUCCAGCUAGCGGUGAAUGGACAGCUUCCAAGCAGUAUCACGAAUCCUCCUGCGAUUCAGUCGCGAAUGCGCCGACAGGGAGAUGAAUGCAUCAUCCCAAAUCCAGCAUCCGUGAAGCUCCUGGCUGUCUUUGAGGAUGAGAUCUUGGAUGAGAAGAUUGCAGCGGAAGUCAGGGAAGCGCCUGUGGUAG